UAUCUUCCACAGAAAUGGACCAAAUUCUAUAUUUCAUUCUUCUUCUCAUUGCUCUCUGCACCAUAUCUGAAUGUGUUCAGCGUCAGUAUCACUUUAUAAAUGAGAACAAGAACUGGAAUGAAGCUCAGAGAUACUGCAAAGAGAAUUACACAGAUCUGGCCACCAUUGACAACAUGAAUGACAUGAAUGAGAUGAAGGAGAGUAUGGAUGUUGAAGGUUUUCAGUAUGUCUGGAUUGGGCUGCAGAAGACGGGUUGUGAUGAAUGGCAGUGGUCUUCAGGUGAACCUGUGGUCUAUCUGGACUGGGAACAUUCACAACCAGAAGACAGAGAUUAUUGUGCUACGAUAAGCAGUGGACAAUGGCAUGAUUUUCCAUGUAGUGAUAUAAGUACAAACAGUAAGUACAAACACCUAUGGUGUAUUGUUAACCAAACAGAGUAUGAGAAAUAA